GCCAAGCCUCCCUCCCUCGCUCCCUCGUUCGCUUCCCUUCCAACUUUCCCACGCGCUCACAUAAAGCCCACCCCAUCAACUCCCCAACUCACAAUCCACUCUGCCUACACUGUGCACAAACCAUAAUUCACACCCUCGCUCGCUCAUCCCGCGAAAACCCUUCAUCCGCCUUCCAUCCUCAGCCCGCCCGCCCGCGCAAAAAUGAACACAAUAAACAACCACGUCCCGGCCGUCUCCAAAGUCGGUCGCGCGACCAUCCACUCGCCCAUGCCAGAUAACCUCACCGCCGAUAUCGUUAAAGCCACAUCCAUACUCGAGCAUUUCAUAAAGGGGACGAACCAGAUGGAUGCCGCGAUGAUUCCGUCCAAGGUUAUUGCUAAUGCUAAGGGAAUAGCAGUAAUAACAAUCCUAAAAGCCGGUUUCCUCUGGUCAGGGCGGGCCGGGUCCGGGAUCGUCGUCGCCAAAUUACCCGACGGCCGCUGGUCAGCACCCUCCGCGAUCGCAGCGGGCGGGGCCGGUUUCGGCGCGCAAAUCGGGGCACAGUUGACGGAUUGCGUCUUCAUCUUGAAUAAUGAGGCGGCGGUUAAGGCGUUCAGUCACGGCGGGAAUUUGACGUUUGGAGGGAAUAUGAGUGUUGCGGCGGGUCCGAAAGGGAGGUCGGCUGAGGCUGCUGGAUCGGUGGUAAACCUCGCUCCAAUCUUCUCCUACUCCAAAUCCAAAGGCCUCUUCGCCGGCGUCUCCCUCGAAGGCUCGGUCAUCGUCACCCGCUCCGACGCCAACCGCGCGUGCUACGGCCGCAAAGUCAGCCCCAAAGAGAUCCUCUCGGGCGAAGUCGCCCGCCCCGUCGAGGCCGAGGGGCUGUACCGGGUCUUGGACUACAAAUUCGGGAACAUGGGCUCAGGCGUGGUGGUCAAUCAGCCGUACACGGACCGCAUGAACGCGAAACGAGCGGCCAGUGCACCCGUGUUGAAGAAGGGUGGGGUGGGGAAUAAAGUGGGCGCGAGCGUGGGGAGUUUGAAACGGCCGCCGGGUCCGCCUACCACCGCCCUAUCCCCAGCAGCGGCUGCGGGAUCCAUCUCGACACCGGGCCUCUCCCCCUCCGGCAGCAUCUCCAAACGCCCGCCACCGCCACCCCCCAAACCCGCGGGUACCGCCGGUGCGAAAACAGCAACGGCGCUGUUUGAUUUCCUGGGCGAGCGACCGACGGAUCUGAGUUUCAGGAAGGGGGAUCGGAUUGAGAUCGUGAAGAGCGGCGGGGAGGGGGAUUGGUGGGUGGGGAGGCUAGGGGGGCGGGAGGGGGAUUUUCCUGGUAAGUUU